ACAUUAGUAAUGGUAUCGAAAUGUUAGCCUAAUAUCGAUAGUAUUGAGCGAAAGUCAUGGCAUCUGAAGCCCAAACACGUGUUCAGAAGUGUUUCCACGAUUUGAUGAACGACUUGGACAAGUCAUGUAUGCGAAGAAUACAGGGUGAAAUGCAUAGGUGUGCGGCCCAGUGCUGCGAUCGCACUGACCUAUCCAUGGAGGGUAACCACGAGUGUAUAUCCAAGUGCUCACAACCCCUACAGACAGCCCAGGCGUACGUCGAGCGCGAAGUGAAUGGCUUUCAGGAUCGGAUCGAGAGAUGUGUCCUCAGCUGUCAGGACGGCAUAAAGGAUAAGAUCGGCGCUCAGACCACCGAUGACCAGAUGAAGGGAUUCACCACUCAGUUCGAGUCGUGUGUAGUCAAGUGUGUGGACACACACAUAGGACUUAUGCCUAAUAUGUUGUCCAAAAUGAAAGAGUUCAUCAAAAAGGGAUCAUAUAAUUAGGUUCUCAUAAUUAAGUCCUCAUUAUUAGAAUAUUUUUCAAAUUAUAUGCAUUUUUUGUAGAUUUUAUUAUAAAAACUAUUAUAGGAUUAAAAACAUUAACGUAAAUUAAAAUUACUUUUUUAUUAUCUAAUUUAUAACAGAAUUAAGUUUAAAUAAAUUAUAUUAAAUAACAAUUGAA